CGAGGGGGCGGGACCGCGGCCUUGCGCGAGGGCGACGGCGGAAGCGGCGCCGCGGGAGGGGGUCUGUCGCCAUGGCGACCGCAGCGGAGGGGCUGCCCGAGGCCGGCGCGCAGCCCGCCAAGCAGGAUCCUGCUGUGGAAACAGCAGAGGAAGCUAAGGAACCAGCAGAAGCGGACAUCAAUGAGCUCUGUAAAGAUAUGUUCAGCAAAAUGGCCACUUACUUAACGGGUGAACUGACAGCCACCAGUGAAGACUACAAGCUCUUGGAAAACAUGAACAAGUUGACGAGCUUGAAGUACCUCGAAAUGAAAGAUAUUGCUAUAAACAUCAGUAGAAAUCUGAAGGAUUUAAAUCAAAAAUAUGCUGCUCUUCAGCCAUAUCUGGAACAAAUCAACCUAAUUGAGGAGCAGGUUGCAGCUCUGGAACAGGCAGCUUAUAAAUUGGAUGCAUAUUCCAAAAAACUUGAAGCCAAGUACAAAAAACUGGAGAAACGAUGAAACUGCAACUGUCUUUUUAAGUUGGAGUUGGGCUGUGGGUCAAACUGAUCUCUGAGUUGCACAACAUCGGUUUUAUAUGUUGACAAGGAUUUGGUAAUAGCUAACGUAAGACUGUUUUUUUUUUUUUAAUCUAUUGGAUACAGUUGGCUGUAUUCAGGCCUAAGGCUGAAUGGUGUUUUCCUCUUCUGUAAUGUUUCUGGUGCCUCAGUUCAGCAGUGGAAAGUUGAAACUUGUCCCUAACCCACAUCUUGAUACUGGCUAUCCCUCCAUUAGUCCUAUGUUCAACGUGAAACAUUCUACCAAGGAAAAGCCCUGCAUAACCUACAAAGACAUUUUCACUUAGUAGCAGCAGGACAUAAACCAAUCUUUUUCUUUCAUUGAGGUCUGUAUUGAGAAGAUUCCCUGGCCUUUGGAGUUGUGAGCAUGGUAUUGAAAACACUUAAGUUUGUUAUGCAUUUUUAUCUGUUUAAAAUAGAGAGACUAGUUAUUGUAAACUUAAAAUAAAACAACUUGCUACAUUUGUCUCUCUGAAAUCUCACAAAUUCCUGUUGGAAAGGCUAUGUAAGUUUUUCAUAGGGUCUGAUAAUAAAGACAAACACUGUACAGUUA